UGUAUCAAAACGGGACAGGAUAUCCGAGUAACUCGAGUCUCAUGAUAGUACUCGUGUUUAAGCUUGAUUUAGACUUUAGUUUUUAGAUAAUAUUAUUAUAAUUAUUGUACUUGUUAAACAUGUUAUUUAAUUUAUAUUGUUAAUUAACAAUGGUGCCUAAGUAUGUCUGGAUUUUAUUUUUUAUAUCUACAUUGUACAUGUUGUAUUCGAGUAACCAGUUUACUCAAGUGUUGAAAUAUGUAGAAAGUUACUAUAAUGAUAAACUUGGAAUAUUUUUCAAACGAAGUUUUAAACAAGUAGUUGUUGAUAAUCAAGGAGGAAUUUUAUUCACCAAGAAUACUCUUAAUAAGUUUUCUAAUGUAAAUGAUGGCUUGUACUUAUCAAUAUUAGGUCAAGUUUUUGAUGUAACAAAAGGAGUUAAGCAUUAUGGUCCUGGAGAAACAUACCAUGCAUUUACAGGACGUGACGCCUCUGCAGCAUUUAUUACAGGUGACUUUAAUGAAAAUGGACUAACUGAUGAUGUUUCUAGUCUUACAAACAAACAAAUUCAAUCAUUAAUGAACUGGGUUGAAUUUUAUAGAAAAACAUAUGUAUACAAAGGAAAAUUAAUAGGAAGGUAUUAUCACGAAGAUGGUAGUCCUACAAAUGAAAGAGCUAUAUUAGAAGAAAAAGUACAAUUGGCAAAAAAAGUAGAUUCACAAGAAGAACAAAUAAAAUUACAAUUUCCACCAUGCAAUAUUGAAUGGAAUGCCGAUAGUGGAACUGUUGUUUGGUGUACAAAGAACAGUGGAGGAAUCACAAGAAAUUGGAUAGGUGUUCCAAGAAUGUUGUAUGAGAAUCUUGAAUCAAAACAGUACCGUUGUGCCUGUGUUGACCUGAAUAGUAAAGAAUAUGAAGAAAACAAAGGGAUCAUACAAGCUUAUGAAGGUUGUGCUGCAGAUUCCAGCACUUGCAAUUUUAUAACAACUAAUUAAUAAGCCCGUCCAUUAGCUACUAAGCAUAUGUUCUUAUUUUUCAAUGAAAAUUUUAUGAAGGCUUGUGCUAAGAUUGUUUUUUAUAAAAAUAGUUAUAAAAAUUUUAUAAUGUGAAAUUUAUCUACUUCUACAGUAUUAAUUUUGCUGCAAAAUAUAAGGCUUAUAAUCUUUUUACAACUAAAGUUUAUAAGUGAUUCAGUUAGUAAUAACUUUUAUAAAAUUUAAUUAUCACAAAAUUAUUUUACAUCAUUUAUAUUUCUCUAUGUAUAUUGAACAAAACUGAAAAAAAGAACUUCAAAUCUAUAUUGUU